AUAUAACAGACAUUGCGUUCAAGAAUUAACAACAACCUAAAAGACAAAACAAAAUAAAAACAGGAAUUAAUUAUGACAGAAUAUAGAGAAUGAGACAAUGACACUUAAUUCAGAAAAUAAUUCGUUAUAAUAUUGGACCUUAGACAAGCGUUUCUUAUUAUUUAGCCAUUUCAGAGACUCGAUUAAAAAAAAAACAUAAAGUCUAUAAAAAAAAAACACUUUAAAAAGCAGAGAGGUUGACGUUACUAUUUCUCUCCAUACGACAGGAAAAAAACGUGUGACGUAAGCGGAAGUGCAAGCCCCGUCCAGUCCAUUGACCAAUUAGAGUUCGUUUUAAUCAACUGUCUCCGCCUCUCGUUUUUGUCCGUUUUACACUGAACACGGAAGUGAACCUGGGAACUCACAUUGCUUUUUUUUUUUAAUCGAGAUAUUUUUUAUUUAUUAAUGUGUGAGUACAACUCAACAGUCAUAAAAAUAUAAGUUUCGGUGCUGAAAAGGAACAAUAUGGAGAAUGUUUUAUCCUCGACUGGUGACAGUAAAUUGGACCAAGCCAUUAAUCAGUGGCUGCAGUUUGACAAGAACCCCCAGACAGUGGCGUUGGUGCAGGGCCUGGUGAAGGAGGGGGCGGUUGGGGAGCUGUGGAGGUGUUUUGGCUCCAGGAUGGAGUUUGGGACGGCUGGCCUCAGAGCUGCCAUGGGACCAGGGAUCUCCUGUAUGAACGACCUCACCAUCAUACAGACUACACAGGGGUUCUGUAAGUAUCUGGAGCAAUGUUUCGGGCAGAGUCUGAAGGAGAGGGGGGUGGUGGUAGGGUUUGACGCCCGUGCCCACCCUCCCAGUGGAGGCAGCAGUAGACGUUUUGCCAGCCUGGCGGCCGCCGUGUUCUCCUGCCGAGGAGUCCCUGUCCACCUGUUCUGUGACAUCACACCCACACCCUUCGUGCCCUUCGCUGUGUCUCAUCUGGGUCUGUGUGCUGGCGUCAUGGUAACCGCCUCCCACAACCCCAAACAGGACAACGGUUACAAGGUGUAUUGGGAGAACGGUGCCCAGAUCGUGCCGCCCCAUGAUAAGGGCAUCUCUGUAGCCAUCGAGGCUAACCUGGAGCCCUGGCCUGAGUCCUGGGACAUAACCUCUCUCUCUCACAGCCCUCUGCUGAAGGACCCGUUCCAAGACAUUCACACAGAGUACUACAGGACCAUCCAACAGCACUGUCACCACAGGGACAUCAACAAGAGUUCAGAGGUGAAGAUCGUACACACCUCCGUGCACGGAGUCGGACACGCCUUCGUCCAAUCAGCUUUCAAGGCCUUUGACCUCCGACCCCCGUACGCCGUAGAGGAGCAGAAAGACCCUGACCCCGAGUUCCCAACCGUCAAAUACCCCAACCCUGAGGAGGGGAAGGGGGUCCUGACCCUGUCGUUUGCCCUGGCGGAGAGGGAGGGAGCUACUGUAGUUCUGGCCAGACCUGACGCUGACCGCCUGGCCGUUGCUGAGCAACAGAAAGGUGGUCAGUGGCGUGUGUUCAGUGGUAAUGAGUUGGGGGCGUUGCUGGGUUGGUGGGUGUAUCAGUGUUGGAAACAGACCAACCCAGACCAGUCUACUGUGAAGUCAGUCUACAUGUUGGCCUCCACCGUCUCCUCUAAGAUUCUACGAGCCAUCGCUCUCAAGGAGGGCUUCCACUUCGAGGAAACUCUGACUGGGUUCAAGUGGAUGGGCAACAGAGCCAGAGAGCUGCUGGACCAGAACAAGAUACACACACUACACACAUACUACACACACACCAGUACUGUACACUAUACACACGCCGACUUCGAGGAGGCUAUAGGGUACAUGUGUGGUUCUGCCGUGCUGGAUAAAGACGGGGUCAGUGCGGCAGCCAUCGCUGGGGAGAUGACAUCAUACCUGGCCGCCCGCAAGAACAUCACGCUGUCACAACAACUCACAGCUGUCUACGAGGAGUAUGGGUACCACAUCACUAAGAACUCCUACUUCAUCUGUCACGACCAGGCUGUGAUCCGGGCCAUGUUUGACCGGCUGCGUCACUACGAUAACCAGGAGGAUGUGUCGUACCCCAGGCAGUGUGGAGGCGUCGCCAUCACCGCUGUACGAGACCUCACUACUGGAUACGACAGCAGCCAGGCAGACAACAAGGCU